UCUGCUCCAACAAGGAUAUCUUCGUCCGCGAGCUCAUAUCCGCGCGCUCGGUAUUCGGCGCCGCCCGCGCGUGCGCCUACGACAGCCUCUCCAUGGGCUGGCUCCCGCCCAGCAGCCCCCACUGGCGCGCCCUCCGCAAGUUGUGCUCGGGGGAGCUCUUCGCGCCGCACCGCCUCGACGCGCACCAGUCCAUCCGCCGAGAGAAGGUGCAGCAGCUCGCGUCCCACGUCGCUCGGCUGUCCCGGGAGGGCGCCGCCGUGGACGCCAGCCGCGGCGUGUUCACCACCGCGUUGAACCUGCUCUCCUGCACCAUAUUCUCAGCGGACAUCAUCGACCUCGACGACAGAGAAGGGACAGGGCAGUUCAGGGCCAUGAUCGCAAGCUUCACGGAGGUCGUCGGGCUGCCCAACCUGUCGGACUUCUUCCAUGUGCUUGUCAAGAUCCGAUUCGAGAGCCUGACCGACAAGAGCAAGUUCGACACGCAGCCGAAGCUCUUCAUCCACCUCGCCCUCGUCCCCGACACUCUCAAUCAUCGACAGCGGCGUCGGCAUGACCAAGUCAGCCAGGAGAUCUCAACGCUCACGGUUUCUCUGUCAACAAACACACUGAAAUUCUAUGCUCCACGGAGAUAUCUUUGCUAAAUACUGGCCCCUCGCACGAAAUGUUUAGCUUCUCCUUUGGUGGAACAAGUGGUAACCUACUUGCUGCUGGUUCUAGUUCCAAGGUUGCUCUCACGAGGAGAAGCUGAUGCUACAGGACGCCCUCCCCCCCCCCCCCCCCCCUCCUCCAACCCCCUUGACAUGAGCAGCAGACAUCCUCAGUUGACAAUGAUGACAACCAGGGCAUCCACCGCCACAACGACGCUCCGCACAUGGUCCAACUUGGCUACAACUUCCUCUACCGCGUACAGUGGCCGCGGUUGUCUGUGGCAUCAAGUACAGCCUCCUCUUCGGUGAGCCCAUCUCCUACCUCUGGCUCCCUCUUUUCUGCUGUUGUAGAAGUACCUUGCUCUGUUCCAUGCCCAUCAUAUUUUUUGUCAUAAAAUGCUCUAGUGAACUGGAUUCAUACAUAAGUCUGCUACUUUUCCUCAAGUUAUUUGUGCAUUUAUAAACCUAUUCGAACUUUUCUAUUUCUUGAAUGUAUCCAUCCAUAAAUGUUCUAUACAAAUAGUUUUGGAAUGUGUUUUUUUGUUAGCUUAUGUCGUGCAUCACAAAUGGAUCAAGUUCUAGUUUUAGUUUUGUUGUUAUUAACCUCUACAAUCCCGUCAGCAUAAUAAGUAUGUGAAUGAAUCCGUUCGAGUAUCUGAAACUAAAUGUUUUGUUGCUCAUAGUAAUUAAAAACAGCGGUCAGUUUCUCAUCACACACUGUUAUUAUCACUUCAUGGCUUGAUAUGUUGUGUCAGGCUGCUGUAGGUGCUGAACUGUGAUAAUUGCAAGGAGGAACAACUGUUUGGCUUCAGUCCUUCCCCAUUUGAUCAUUUUUAUGGCCCGCAUGCAUGCUAACAUGCUAUUUGUUGGCUGACUUGGCAUGACUUGCACGAAAACUUGAGGGCAUUCAUACUAAAUAGAACUUAAUUUUCAUGCAGACUUGCUCUAGCUCUUCUUAAUCUUCAUGCAGGUUUCUCUCCAGAAUUGAUCUUACUACUAAAUAGCACCCCCAUCACUUGCUGCUGUUGUUAGCACCCCAUCACUUGUUGUUGUUGUUAUUCACCCUAUCUUCGCUGUUCUGUUUUCUUGUUGGCAGAUAUUUUGCGUAAAUUCAAGACGAAAGAUGUUCAAAGAAGCACCAAGACAUUCUUAUAUAGCAAGUUAUGUAAUAAUAGCUGGGUUAUCUGGGCAUUGAGAACUCUAGAGUUUCAUGUAUCUUCUCUCUGUUUCUGAAUGAAAUGUUGUAUGUUUCAGAAUUACAAUUUCUAUUUCAUAUGAAAUAGUAAUUAUGUACGUGAUUUGAAAAUGUGUGCAAUGGAAA